AGACCGAAGGGUGAAGAAGCGCGGUCACUUUGUACACGCCAUGCGAGGCGGAAGUUGUCGCCUAUGACAUUCGACGAGGUUUGCGCCACCAAAAGCGACGGAUUGCACGGAGUCGCUGACAACGUCCGUAAUCAGCUGCGGCAGCUAACUCGGUCAACACUUGACGCCUGGAGACCUUCGCCUCUUGCCGACAGCGACAGGUUGCAGGGCCAUCGUGGUCGACACAGCGCUCUCAAAACAGCCAUGCGAGUCCUGGCGGCCCUUCUCCUGGCGACUUGUGCUGUUGCCGGUGUGACAGCCCUUGCAACUCGCCACCGCGUGAAGCAUGAAAUUGCCCCCCUCUGCGACAACAACAUUGACCAGCAUGCUCGACUUGAUCGGCUUGUGGACCGGAUUCGUAGCAGGCUGCGGGACGAGGAGCCAUUCGCAUUGCCCGCUGACAUUGCUCCCCUUCGGCUGCAUGACGGCGUGCUGUGGGGGCUGAGCAACUUUGAACUGCGGCAUCCACCACAGUUGGUUUGUGGAAAUGGCUAUGCCAACCUCACCAUGCUCAUUGGUUUGGUGCAACCACAUGUCCGAUACAGGUGGAACUUCACACCGAUUCCUGGCGUCACUGGGCAGUUCAUUGCACAUGCUGAUCGUGCCACUGUAGACAUCUUUCUUCAGGCGCCCCUUGACUCUCCUAAUGCAAAGGCUUCCAUCAAGUCGCUCAAGGUCACUGAACUCAGUCAGAUCUGGGUCAAGGUUCCCAGUGUCCCCGUGGUGAGCUGGGUGGCUUCGCAAAUAGGAAACUUGGGCACAAUGAUCAACCGCAAAAAUCUGAAAAAGUUCCUCCAAGAAAACCUUCGCGCCUCUAUCCAAAAGACCCUUGACAAGGAACCCUUGUAGGUGAUAACACAUAAGUGGCAGGACGAUGGACAUCAUGCCGGACUGUUGUUCUGCGCCUGCUUUCAGCUUGCAACUGUCUCCUUGAUUGCGAAAAAAAAAAAAAAUGCCUGACAAGGUAGUCUGUGCAGGUAAUGCAGCUGAUUAUGAGAUUGAAUUGUGUGUGCUCAGUUUUAAUUUCUCUGUCAAUUUUUUAUCCUUCACAUGCAAUUAGUGUCCAUGUUCGCUGUCCAAGCCAUUCAUUUGUGAAAAAUGUUACAGCACAGUUUGAAGUGUGCGCAUAUUUGCAGGAAUAUAGGAGUUCGACUGUAGGGUUACCUUACUGUGCGUGACAUUGCGGUGAAACAAUUGCGCCAUUGACAUUACUUGAGCAAUGUCAGUGCCUCAAACCUUUAGUGCUGUUGCUAAAGCAUGAGAUCAGAUGGUUCACAAACAUCUUGUAUUUGUAUCAUCAGCACCCAUUGAAAUUCCAACAUGAAAUUGCUGAUCACAUGUGUACAUGCUCCAUAUCUGGCUUUCUAUGCAUGGAGUAGUCCCAAAUGCACAUUGUGCAGUCUGAAUUAGGUCCCUGUUACAAAUGCAGGUGAACCCGAAAACAAAACAACACAUUGGGGUAGCUUAGGAAUUGUUGUAUUUGAGUUUAUGCUUAUGCUACCUAUUUUUAUCCUUGUAGCCACUGCAUUAUAAAUUGUGCUUUUUGAAAUCAGCAAAUUUAGCUCAUUAGUAAAUGGUUAGAAAACAUAUUUAAUGUUAUAGUAUUUACUUAUUCAACACCAUUGGCCAAGGAAGUUUGCAACCGUUUCCUUGACAGAUGUGAUUACUUGUAUUAAACCAAGUGUUGGUGGUGGUUAGGUAUCUCCAUUUUAACAGCAUUGACUGUUAUUAAAGAAGCACUGACAUUGCAUAUUCAACUUGGUUUGUGUGUGUGUGUGUGUGUGUGUGUUAUGUGAAGGAGCAAAUGCUGUAAGCCUUAUAAAAAGUUUUGGCUGAUUGAUUGAUUGCCUAUGAAGUGUGCAAAUUUUUCUUUAUCAUGACGUCACCGCAGGCGUGGCAUUUUGAGGGCAGCUUUAGUAUCAAACAUAAAAUAGAAAUAUAAAUAUAAAAGCUGAAAUCAGCUGGCACAGGACAGGGGUAACUGGA